CCAGGACAAGCUGUUACCUCCUAGUCAAGCAUUUCUACUGUUACCAAGCUUCUUAUUUCCUUCCUACUUUCCCACUAUGCGUUCCUUCGCCCAGAGUACGCUUAUGGCCUGGCUGGCCGCCACUGUGGCCGCCAUGCCCGCCUCCGUUCAGUUCGGCACCCCUUCCGUUCACGAGCAGAUCCAGCUCCCCCAAGGCUGGGCCUCAGCUGGCGUUCCCCACGCCGAUGCCAAGAUGGUCAUGCAGAUCGCCCUUAAGCAGAAGGACAUUGCUGGUCUGCAGAAACGCUUGGCCGAGAUUGCCGACCACAAGCACGCCGACUACGGCAAGUGGUUGACCAGAGAGCAGAUGGAAGCUUACACGGCUCCCUCUGACGAGACUGUCAACAUGGUCAAGAAAUGGAUCACCACUGCCGGCAUUCAUCCCUCUGCUAUCUCCCAGCCCAGCCCCGAUUGGCUCCAUGUAGAUGUCCCAGUCAGCACUGCCGAGAAGCUUCUCAGCACAAACUACAAUGUCUAUCACCAUGCCGAAGAUGAUCUGUCUCUCGUGCGAACUGCGCAAUACUCUCUCCCCCAGCAACUACGAGACCACAUUGACACCAUCCAGCCAACCACCUCCUUCCAGGCAAAGAAGCAGGAUCUGGCUCUAACCAAGCCUGCGCCGGAUGGCCCUACUGACUGCCACAGCCUUGUGACUCCCCCGUGCGUGCGCUCCUUUUACAACGUUGACUACAAUGGCAAGGGAGACAAGACCUCGUACGGCUCUACAGGUCUGGAAGAGGAAUCUGCGAGGACAUCCGACUACAGCACCUUCCUCAAGACGUACGACCCGAACACGAGCAACACAUUCAACGCCAUCUCUGUGGCUGGCGGCGUCAACGGCGCAUCCGCCUACGGUGAGGCAUCGCUUGACGCGCAGUGGUCGACGUCUCUCGGCGCUGGCAACUCGGGCUUCUAUGCCGUUGGCAGCCCUGGUACCAGUGGCAGCGACUAUGUGUUUGCCGAUACCUUGGUCGCCUUUGGCGAAUACCUCAGCGGCAACGACAGUGCACCUAACGUUGUUUCUACGUCCUACGGCACCACAGAAGAAACUGUCACGCAGGAAUACGUUACCCGCAUCUGCAACGAGUUCAUGAAGGCUGGUUCGUUGGGUAUCACCAUCUUGUUCAGCACCGGCGACUAUGGCGUGGGUAGAACUUGCAAGUCAGGAUUCGAGAACCACUUCCCAGCCUCUUGCCCCUACGUUACCUCCGUUGGUGCCACCGAGUUCACUGACGCCACCACCGAAACCGCUUCGAAGGACUUUGCUUCCGGUGGCGGCUUUUCUACAUACUUUGACACUCCCGACUACCAGAAGACCGACGUCCAGAACUACAUCCAGAACUAUGUUCCAUCUGCUUACGAUGGAAAGUACAACAAGGGCGGCCGUGCCUACCCGGACGUUGCUCUUGUAGGCGUCAAUAUCCCCAUCUUUGUAAAUGGUCAAAAGAGAAUCACCGGUGGUACAUCGGCUUCCACCCCCAUGUGGUCUGGUCUCAUCUCCCAGAUCAACGACUACCGCGCGACCCUCGGAAAGCCAGUCGUUGGCUUCCUUAACCCUCGCCUGUACACUGACGACAGCAUCCGAAGCAGCCUCAAUGACAUCACUGUAGGCUCCAACCCCGGCUGCAGAACUCCCGGUUUUAGCUGUGAGGCUGGCUGGGAUCCUGUCACUGGCCUUGGUACUAUGGACUUUGCUAAGCUCCGUGCUGCCUUUGCCAACUAAAGCGAAAUAUCUACCAAUAUUGUUUAUAUGUAAAUAGGAUAUAUAUCAUCUUACAUAGAAGUAAAUAUUUUCAAACAGUUUUUAAAAUUGCGAUGUAAACUCUACAAGAGAUUCUGAUAAUUCGUGCUG